ACUAAAAACCAUUUUUUUUUCUACUGAUAAAACCCAAAAGUUGGAACUUGGAAGUCUCUCCGCAAUCGCAACGACGAAUCUUCCAACUCCACUUUCGUAAACUCUGAAACCUUGAAAAGUCAGCGGAAGAGGGAUUCACAUUUCACAGAGUGGAGCGAAAGAAAUCAAGAGAUAUUUCCGGUGUUUUGACUUGUCAGAUUGCUUCUUAUCGGUUUUGUGAUCAUCAUAGAUCAAGGAAGAAGUGAGAUCAUUAUCAACGAAGAGAGAAGAAGAAAUUUAGCAAUUUUAUAGUUCUGACUUCUGAGCAUUUGGUAUUGUUAUUUAUAUCGAUUUUUUGGAUUCUCUCUUCGUUGGAAAGGGAGAAUCUAACAAGGGUCCUGCUAGCUUUGCAUCAGUUUUGUGAGGCUUUUGAUAUCUGACAAAUGAAUGUGGUUGGCAGAGUUGGGAGUCUAAUUACACAGGGUGUGUACUCUGUUGCUACCCCUUUCCAUCCCUUUGGUGGGGCUAUUGAUGUGAUUGUUGUUCGGCAGCAAGAUGGGACAUUUCGGAGCACACCUUGGUAUGUAAGGUUUGGUAAGUUUCAGGGUGUUCUGAAAGGGGCAGAGAAGAUUGUCCGCAUAGAAGUUAAUGAUGUAGAAGCUGAUUUCCACAUGUAUCUUGAUAACUCUGGUGAAGCAUAUUUUAUAACGGAGGUUGAUUACAGCACAGGAAAUGAGACAGAUGGGGUUAGACGAGGUGGUGGGGAUAAGGAUAACAACUUUGAUGCGGAUGGCAAUCAUAAUAAGAGCAUUGGUGAUGAUUGUAGGCUUGAACAUAGCAUCUCAGAUUCCGGGGUUGCUCAAUUGCGAGAACAAUGUGAAUCCUCAGGUGCUAUCUCUCUUGCAAGGUCAGAAUCUGAUACUCGGUUUUAUGACUUUCAUGAUGACCAGUCCUCUCUGGAGGGUUCACUUAGUUUAUCAGAAUAUGGGUCUAAUCGAUAUGACAAUGACUGUUUUGGGGAAGCACAAGGUCCAGAGUCGGAAGUUGUUCUGGUGAGUGUGGAUGGUCAUAUACUGACAGCGCCUGUCUUAGCAUCAGAACAGCAUGCUGAAAAUGUGCAAUUGAGCACGCCUCAGUUCCAUCUCGGCCCAGGUAAAGGAACUGACUUCUGUGAGGACAAUGAGGAGUUUAGUUCGGGUGAGAAUGAGUGGGCUGUUGAUUAUAUUGGUAAGCUCAAUUCUUCAACUGCUAAAGAUAAAUCGAGUGAUGUUUACAGCGUGAAUGAUGUUCCCAAUGCUUUAAGGCAUGAGCUGCAUGUUUGUGAAGGAGAGGGUGAACAUGCUUGUCAAACUGAAGAUUCUCCAAGCAUUGUUGAUGAAGCAAGUAAUCUCCAUGAUCAUGUAAAUGUCGAUGAUGCAUCUGCUUGUAAUAAGAAUGACAAUGUUCCUGAGAGCUGCUUGGAACCAUUGGAAUUAGACAUGCAUGGUGAAGAUGCCAAUGUUGAAGUAAAAUUUAGAACUUUGGAGGACCAGAGUAUGGAAGAGAAGCCUCUCAAGAGUCAACCAGAUGAUGAUGAAAGUCAGGAUGGGCCUAUUUUUCAAUCAAUAAGUAAUGAAGCAUUUUCUCUUCCCAAUACUUCUGAUUCCCCUGACAAUAAUUGGUCUCCUGAUUUACAUCUUGUGGUUGGAUCAGUUGAAACAAAAGUGUUAGAUGUGAAUAAUACUGGAUCUGACUCUGUUUCUCUUUGUUCUGAUCUUAAUGAUCCCAAUUCCAAGGCUGAACGGCUUAGUUUGUCAGUAGAGAUGGAGGGGAUGGAUGUUUGCACUGAGGAACCCACCCCUGAGAAUGACUGCAGCAGAAGUCAGAUUGUGGAAACCGAAACAACUUCUUGCAAGGAGAUGCAAACACAUUCAAACAUGAGGUUUGAGAUCUCUCUCUGUGGAAAUGAAUUACGUGCUGGUAUGGGAAUGAAAGCUGCUGCAGAGGUCUUUGAUGCACACCGCAUAUCAGUGGAGGAAUAUGAAAAUUCUGCAGCUUCAGUCAUUAAGAAUAAAAAUCUAGUUUUUAGAUUUGGAGAGAGGUACUUGACGUGGGACAAAGCUGCUCCUAUUGUACUUGGAAUGGCUGCGUUUGGUCUAGAUUUACCUGUUGAGCCCAAAGAUGCAAUUCCUGUGGAACAGGAUGAAACACCAAACUACAAGGAAGAUGAUCCUUUUGGCACUCCAUCUUCAUCUAGCCGCAGAUGGAGGCUAUGGUCUAUUCCAUUUCGAAGGGUCAAAACUCUUGAGCACAGUGCCAGUAAUGCAUCCAGUGAGGAGAUAUUUGUUGAUACUGAAUCUGGUUUACAGAACUCUCAAUUAGAAUCAACUCCAGCUUCUAGUGGAAGAAUUGAGACUCCUUGCAAGCAACUUAUUAGGACCAAUGUUCCCACCAGUGAUCAGAUAGCUUCUUUAAAUCUGAAAGAUGGUCAAAAUAUUGUAACUUUCAGAUUCUGUACCAGGGUUCUAGGUACACAAAAGGUUGAUGCACAUAUUUACUUGUGGAAGUGGAAUGAUCGUAUUGUGAUUUCGGAUGUUGAUGGAACAAUUACCAGGUCUGAUGUGCUAGGUCAAUUCAUGCCUUUAGUUGGAAGAGAUUGGUCACAGUCAGGUGUAGCUGCACUUUUCUCAGCUAUUAAGGAGAAUGGGUAUCAGCUACUUUUUCUGAGUGCACGUGCCAUUGUUCAAGCAUAUCUGACCAGGAAUUUUCUGUUCAACUUGAAACAGGAUGGAAAAACUUUACCUAAUGGACCUGUUGUUAUUUCACCUGAUGGAUUAUUCCCCUCACUUUAUCGUGAAGUGAUAAGAAGAGCACCACAUGAAUUCAAAAUAGCAUGUUUAGAGGAUAUUAGAAAACUCUUCCCUUCUGAUUACAAUCCGUUCUAUGCGGGCUUUGGCAACAGAGACACUGAUGAGCUCAGUUACCAGAAAAUUGGGAUCCCAAAGGGCAAAAUAUUCAUAAUUAACCCAAGGGGUGAAGUGGCCAUUUGUCAGCAUCGGAUCGAUGUAAAGUCAUACACAUCCUUACAUACUCUCGUCAAUGACAUGUUUCCCCCAACUUCCCUUGUUGAGCAGGAAGAUUAUAACUCCUGGAACUUCUGGAAACUACCAUUGCAGGACAUUAGUUUAUAAAUUUGGCUGCUUUAGUUACCAACAAUAUGUAGAGAAAGAUAACAUUGCCUUUUUUUACUGUUCCAGUGUUACCUUUCUUCCACACUCAAUUCUUCAUUUUUAUCCAUUAUAUGGUCUGUAACUGUAACUCUGUAAGCAUUCAUACUGUCCUGGAAAUAAGUCAAGUCAAUAAAAGAACUCUUUUAUC